AUGUACAGUUUUGAAGGAGAUUUUCGUAGGAAACCAGAACAGAAUUAUGCAGGAGCUAGUGUUCAUGAACCUGUCAGCAAUCUAAUACUGAGAGCUCGUUAUGAACGGGAAAAAAGAGAAGAAGCUAGACGUGAACAACGACGUGUUGUUCGGGUUCAAUCUUGUGUUAGAAGUUUCAUUACAAGAAAAAAAUUUAAACAACAUUAUCGAACUGUGUUCGAUGAAACUGUAAUUAAUUUGAAAAAUACACAGCCAUCUGAAGAAGUUUUAUCAAAUCUUGUAAAAAAUUUAGUGUUUUUUCACGAUAGAGAAAAUGAUUCUCAAAGACUAAUAUGGUUAUCUCAACAUAUUUUACGUAAUAGUACAAAGUUAUUAAGAUCAAGUUUGGAUCGAAACGCCUCAUGGUAUUGGCAUUUAAAAUGGAUUCUUUCCUUUAAUAUUGAUUUAUUGAACUCAUCAAAUUUGGAAUCAUUCGCAACACCUUUACGAAUUAUUGAAGAAUUUACUUCAGUAGAAUCCUACAAAAAAAUACUAGGUUCAGAAAAUGCAAUACUUGCAUUACGAGAUUUAUUCCAAUAUCUAGUCAAAAAAUGUUAUUUUGAUAGUUUGCAUAAAAUACUUGAUACAAAAAUUCCUGCAAUGUUUGAUGUUGAAGAUACACCAGCUCCACCUUUAGCUAAAAGUAUCCUAGAAUUUGUGAAAAGACCAUUUUCAGUACGAUCACCAACUUUUUUAGAUGAAUACACCUCUAUAAUUAUGGAUCAUUUUGUGAGGACUUUUUUAAAAGGACCAGUAUCUGAUAUUAAUCACAAAUUUAUCUUACCAAAAUUAUCCUUGGAUCAAAAUAAAAUUGAUUAUGUUGGUCCAGAUUUUAGGCAAUUAGUCAUGUCAUUAGCUCAUUCUUCAACCCAGUUUGAAACUAAUACAAAUUUAUUUUAUUCUUUGCUGAUUCUUGAACCAUCAUGUGAAGACUAUUCAUUUGUGGUAAAAUGUCAUCAAACUGGACGUGAAAUGAAUGCAAUUACUGAUUAUUUGGAUAUUCUUUCAACAUUAACAAGUCGUCUAGUUGAGCCACCUGUUAUAGACUAUAUAAGCAAGACAUGGAUGUAUAAAGAUCUCUGUCAAGAUAGUUCAGACAAUGAAUCUGACGAUGAAUCAAAUGAAAAUGAAAAAUUAUUCUGUGGUAUUUCAGAAGAUGAACUUGAGAUUUUGAAAUUAUGUUCAGAGCUCUUAAAUGAUCCAGUUAGAGUGUAUAGAAUAAUCAAAUAUGUUGAAGAAUCGUGUUCAAAAGAUUCUAUUAAUUUUUUGCUCACUCCAGUUUGCAAAUUAUGUCAUUAUUUACUCAUGUCUCAUAAAUUAGCUGUGCAUAAAUACAGAUUAUUGUAUACUCUAGCUCUGAAUGCAGAAAUCUUACACCAUUUAUGGAAAACUAUUUUAAAAACCGAACAACAAUCACUGUUUGGUCCUAGCUUAGUUACUACCAGUCUAGUAACAGUAAUAUCAAGAGGAACAAAUUUAGCUCCUGGUGAUUUUAACCGUGUAGUUCCAUUGUUAGCAACAUUUUGUUCUUUAUUCAGUUUAUUAAUAUCCACUUUGCAUGAUGCGGAAUUUAAUAAAGCUGUUGGAAAUAAUUCUGAACAAUUCACCAAUCAUUCAUUAAAAUUUACAAUAGCAGAUCUUGUAUCAAUUACAUCUAUUUUAAAAGAUGUGGCUCUGGGUUUAAUAGAAUUAGCUUAUCCAGAUUCAAGACCUUCAAUUAUGCCUUACAGUAAUAACACAAAUCAGAAUGCUCAAACUUCAAUUUGGUCUCAUUUAUUACGAGUGACUGUUGUAUUACUAAGACAACUUCAUUCAAGAGAUCUACGCUGUAAAUUUUGUCCUGAAGGACAUUGGGUAUCAAAUCGUUUUACUAUGAACUCUGCAUACGACAAACCUUCAAAUAUGCAUUUUAUGCAAUAUACUCGAAGAUCUAGAUUAAAUUAUAGACCUUUUAGAGGUAUUCCUGUUAUAUCAAUGGAUAAUUUAGAUGAAGGACCUCCUCUAACCACUCGUCAAGUCCGUAUUUUAACAGUUUUAAAAGAAAUACCGUUUGUCUUGCCUUUUGAAGAACGGGUUAUUGUAUUUCAAGGGUUGUUAUUAAAUAACAAAAUAGAAUAUCAAAACGCAGAUGCUCAUUUUAUGGUUGGAUCACAUAUACAUAUUACUAUUCGACGAAAUUAUUUGUAUGAAGAUGCAUUUGAAAAAUUAUCUAUUGAAAAUGAACCAGAAAUAAGACAAACAUUACGAGUACAUAUGAAAAGUGCUGCUGGAUUAGAUGAAGCCGGUGUGGACGGUGGAGGUUUAUUGAGAGAAUUUUUAUCUGAACUUCUCAAAACAGCGUUUGAUCCCAAUCGUGGAUUUUUUAAAAUUACCAAUGAUAAUAUGCUAUAUCCAAAUCCUUAUGUUCAUUUAAUUCAACAGAAUUUUGCCUCUCAUUAUUUUUUCAUUGGUAGAAUGCUUGGAAAAGCACUCUAUGAAAAUUUAUUAGUUGAACUCCCUUUAGCUGAAUUUUUUCUAUCAAAAAUCAUUGGACGUCAAACUGAAAUAGAUGUUCAUCAUUUAGCUUCAUUGGAUCCUCUCAUGUAUAGGAAUUUAUUAUCAUUGAAAAAUUAUGAUGGAGAUGUUAUCGAUCUUGGUCUUGAUUUCACUAUUGUUAUUGAUGAAUUCGGCCAAACACGUGUUGCAGAAUUAAAACCUGAUGGUGCCAAUAUUGCAGUAACAAAUCAAAAUCGAAUUGAAUAUAUACAUUUAAUGGCUGAUUAUAAACUUAACAAACAAAUAAGGAAACAAUGUUAUUUUUUCAAACAAGGUUUGGCGAAUGUUAUUUCCUUAGAUUGGUUGCGUAUGUUUAGUAAUCGUGAAGUACAAGUAUUAAUAUCUGGAGCUGAAGUUCCAGUUGACAUAGAAGAUUUAAAAAAUCAUACAAAUUAUGUUGGAGGAUAUACACCUGAUGACCCAGCAAUAAAUUUAUUUUGGACAGUCGUUAAUGAUUUUACUGAUGAGGAAAAAACUAAACUCCUUAAAUUUGUAACUAGUUGUUCACGUCCACCUCUUCUUGGUUUCAAGGAAUUAUAUCCACCAUUUUGUAUUCAAAAAGUAAGUUCUUCUGAUCGCUUACCGACUGCGAGUACUUGUAUGAACCUUCUAAAAAUGCCAGUGUUCAAAGACUAUGAAACACUAAAAACAAAGUUAUUAUAUGCAAUACAAUCUGGUGCCGGAUUUGAACUUAGUUAAUAUAUUUUAUGAGGUUGUUUUAUUUUUAAAUUAUUGGUAUGUACUUUAAAUAAAAAUUUCU